UUUAACCUAACCUUAAACUUUGUUUUGGUAUUUUUAUCUAUUUUCAUCUUAUUUUCUUGUUUGAGUUUGAGAGUCCUGAAAUUCGCAAAUUAUAAACACAAUAUAUUAAUAGAAACUUGAGGCAUGCGUUUUUCUCAAAUAAGCAAUAUUUUCCAGUCCAUUUACCGAUUAUGAACUGCGCACCAAAGACACCCCUGCAGAAAUGUAUUGAUUCCUUGUUGCUCCCUAUAAGGACUUGAGUUUUCAGUUCGAAAAAUUUUAUUCUCGCAAAAAUGGACAACGGAAAUAGUAAAGACAGCAAAGACAACACACAACAAAUUAUGAUACAAGCAAACAACUACAAUGUGACUGUUAUUCCUGUAGAGUUUCCUGUAAGGAAUCGACUCUUUACUACGCAGCAGGAUAAUGACUAUAUCAAUGAUCAAUAUAGUUAUUGUCAGGAUCCUGUGAAAAAUUAUUCUGGCUUGCAAACAAAAUGGACCAAUGAUAAGGCAAUCGUUCUACCAGAAAUGAAAAAGGACCAUCUCAGUUAUGAUGAAUUUAAUCAUAAUGAUAAUCAGUUGACUCAAAGACUACCAUCAAUAUCAACCAGCUACACCAAUGAUUCAAACUACUGCCAAGAUAUUAAAAACUUCAAUGUGUUGCAAGCCCAAUGGAAUAAUGAAAAAACAUAUUUGGGGGCAGAUGGGAAAAAGGAACAUCUUAUUUAUGAGGAAAUCAAUGAUAAUCAGAAUGUCUUAAAAGCCAACUUAAACUCCAACCAUUCCGCAGCGGCAACCACUUCACAAAAUCCCAUCAUAAAUGAACCAUUCGAAGGACCAGUAAUACCGAUGUGCGUUUAUCUGCACAACAAAACAGUCAUAAUGAUGGAAAUCGAAGACACACCUUCAGCUUCUUGUGAGUUGAUAUGUCAGGCCAUUGUGAACUGCGAGGAUUUGGGUUUGAAUAAACUCUUGGCCAUGCAAGUGUUUACUCUGUGGAUGAUAAGUCCGCUUUUAGAAAUUCAGCUGAAACCUUACUCGAAACCGUACGAGAUUCGUGAAAACUGGAGGAAUUUGAUUGAAAAAUACGGACAUGCUUCUUAUAACAGGAAGGAAAAGGACGAACCUAAACUGGUGUUUCAGAGGAAUAUUUUCUUUUCCAGACAAAUGGAAGAAAAAAUAAAAGAUCAAAAGAUCUUGGAACUUCUCUACGAGGAAUGUAAAUAUAACAUACUAAACGGUAGAUAUCCGUCGGAAAUUCCUCAUUUAAUUAUGCUGGGUGGUAUUCAGGCCAGGGAAGAACUUGGCCCGUACAACCCACAGAUCCAUUCCACUCACUUCUUCAGGGAAGAACAAUCCAAAUUCCUUCCAGCGCAUGUAAGGAAAAGUCCUACUUGGACCUGGUUGCCGAUCAGCAGCAAAAAUUCAGCUGAAGUGAGGCUGUUGGAACAGUUCAAAAGAAUUCCUAGUACUGCAACUAAUCGGAAACUGAUAAAGAAGUAUUUGGAGUAUUGUUGGUCUUUGCCGUUUUAUGGGGCUGCCUUUUUUGAAGGCCAAAUUGAAGAACCAGUAAGGGGACUAAUUUCCUUGCUAACUCACCAGGAUGUUCCAGUUUUGGUUGCAAUUAAUUCCAGAGGACUUUAUAUUAUUGACGAUUUAAAUUGUCAAAUUGUCCUCAGUCUACGCUAUGAAGAAUUCAGUUGGGACUGUAGCAAACCAUCAAGAGAAGAUAACCCGGAUUGUUUGCCAUGCCUGUUCAUACAAUUUAUGAUUGUCGAAAAUGGUGCUAGGGUGUCUAAAAUGUUGCAAGUAUUUUCGAAACAAGCCAGUCUUAUGGAUACGUUGAUUAACUCUUAUGUUUCUGAGUUGACUUUGAAGGCAAACGAUGAAGUCGAUAACAAGGUCUAUGAUAGUCAAGGAAAUAGUGAUAAUGAUAAUCACAAUGCAAAUGUCGGGAAUAAUCCAUAUUCAUCAAACUAUGCAGCACUCAGUAACAAACUGAACAAACUCACGCUAGCUACUUUUGAUGACGAGGGACAUUGUAUUGGACAAAUGGGUUCUUGGUCGUUUAGCUAUUAAGACACUUCUUGAAACAAUAUCAUACUUAUUUAGUAAUUUGCAGUUCCGAAAUGUUUCACCUUUUGCAUCUAGUUACAAAAUGACAUUGGGAAUCUCUCAUUCUGAAAUUUCUACAGUGGCAGUUAUUUUUUAGAGGAAGUUGAGAGUACAGAUAGUGGGUAUUCCAAAGAAACCUUUAGAAUGACCCCGGAACGUAACUUGUAGGCAAUACUCAAUCCUGAAGGACCAUUCAAGUAUCUCAUAGUCAUAUCCAAUGACAAGCUUAGAAACUGCAAAAUCCCUCCCUAAACUGAUUAUUGUUGUCAGAAACGUUAUCCAUUGGGUGUAUUUACCUACUUUCCUAUAGGUACUGUGUGUCUCAAAAAUGUAAAUUUUGACACUCAGUUUAUAUGUUAUGUUCCCUAGACUGAUGAUAAUGUGAUUAAUCCUGUAAAAAUUAGCAUAGGAGACUACAAAUCUCUAGAUUAAGUCCAAAUUAAAAAAAUUCUUAAAUUCUUAAACAGCUUUAAUUUUCCAAAAAAAAAAAAUUAACAUUCCAUUAUGUGAUUUUAACAUUAUAGGUGGCAAUAUAAAUGUUUACAAAUAUAUAAUAAAUGUAAAAGAAUAUUAUGUAUUAUUUAAAUUGAAUAAUAGCCAAUUUGACUACAUAUUUCAGAUAAAAAUGUAAAAUUAUGACAUUCCAGAUUCAAGAGGGUCCAUCAGCAUGGGAUGCUUUUCCAGAUAUUG